ACUCACCCGUGGCCCCGCGCCUCGCGAUUGGUCUGUGCAGGCAGAUUCAUCGCCUCCAGCCAAUCGCAGCCCGCGGCCGUUCUUCGCCUCGGGCUGCGUCUUGAAAACGUCCCAGGGCUCAGUGACGGAGGCAGCGCGCCCCUGAUUGGCUCUCCCUCCUCGGCUCCACUCGGGUUGGCCCGGCGAUGGCCGGAAGAGAGUCCUCCUUCCCAUUGGCCGCCGGCCCGCGCUGCUAGGGCGGCGGCGGCGUGCUCCGAUUGGGUCUCCGCUUCACUUCGGGGAGAAUCGGUCGCGCCCGCGGUGUUUCCGUGAUUGGUUCCGGCCAGUUACAGGCAUUCUUGUAACGGCCUCAGGAUUGGCCCCGAGAAGGCUCGGGCGUUUCCGUAACGGCCUCGGGCCGGGGGCUCGCGGGCGCGCGGGGUUCUUCGGCCGGGUAUUCACAGACAGCGCUUACGGCUGCUCCGCAGCGUGGGGCGGCGGCGGGUACGGGCGGCUGCGCGGCUUUGAGGCACGCACAUCGCGCAGCGGCGAGAGCCAGGCACGCAGCGGAGGGAGCAGCGAGGACAAAGGGACUGAUCGGCAGGAACUGGGAGGGGGGCCCGGCGGGAGACUUCAGCCGGGCGGACGAGUCCUGUGUGCCUUGGGCACCUAGGGAAGCAGCAGCAAAAUCAGCAAGCGCCGCCAGCUCUCUGAAGCCGGGCUGAGGAGGAGCAGGGAAGCCACCGCCGUUAUGGCCCGUGCCGUCGCCACCGGCCGCCGUCCGCAGUGCAGCGUGCCUUGCCUGAGCCGCCGCCAGCUGCCCGGGCGGGCGCAAUGAGCUGCCGCACCGCCGAAGCUAUCGCCGCCUCAUCGCCGCACUGAGCAGCCGUGUCAGCGAGCAGCGAGCCCGUAGGCCACCUCACCCCCCUCCGCGCGCCGCGGAUCCCGCCGCCACCACCGGAUCCUAUUGCGACUCGUUUUCGCUUCGCCUCUGCUCGGCAGUGCCCUGAGAUCCCUCCGCCGGGGAAAAAAAUAGUCCCGUUGCCUGCCGCCUCCCUCAGAAGAGAGGGGAAAGGAGAAGAACGGGGAGCGGGGAAGGAAGAGAAGGAAGAAAAAGAGGAAAAGGAAAAAUAAAGAGCUAAAGGAAAUAAAAGGAGUGAAACGCGGCGGCGGGAUCGAAGGAGCCGGGCCGCGAGCCUCCGCCCCAUGUGACUGGCGCCCGGGGUGGGGGCAGCGAGGCCCAGCGAAACCCCCUCGCUCGGGAGCGGCGCCGGGGGGAGGUGGCUCUCGGACCCAGCGGCGCGGCCGGGAAGGAUGGUCGUGUGAGGAGUGGGCGGUGUGAGGAGGAGCAGGAGGAGGCAGGAGAAGAAGCAGCCGCCGGGCGACAGAGACCGAGAGGGGAGGGGGCUUCCCCAGGGGGGGAAGGGGGAGUCCCGGCGUUUCAUGUGGCGUGUCCCACCCGUCUCCUACAGCUGAGAGAGCGAGGGAGCGGCAGGCGGGCCCGCCGGGGCGAGGCGGAGGGCGAAGGCAGGAAGAGGAGAGAGGUGAUCGUCGUUGGGGCAGAGCGGGAGAGACCAUGUCCGGGAGGCCCAGGACCACCUCCUUCGCGGAGAGCUGCAAGCCGGUGCAGCAGCCCUCAGCCUUCGGUAGCAUGAAAGUCAGCCAAAUGCAGGAUGACAUCUUUAUGGGACCAGGAGUGCUUAGAGACAAAGAUGGCAGCAAGGUGACUACAGUUGUGGCAACUCCUGGACAAGGUCCAGACCGACCACAAGAAGUCAGCUACACAGACACCAAGGUGAUUGGAAAUGGAUCUUUUGGUGUUGUGUAUCAAGCCAAACUCUGUGAUUCAGGAGAGCUUGUGGCCAUUAAGAAAGUCCUGCAGGAUAAAAGAUUUAAGAACAGAGAGCUCCAGAUUAUGAGAAAGUUGGAUCAUUGUAACAUUGUCCGAUUGCGUUAUUUCUUCUACUCUAGUGGAGAGAAGAAGGAUGAGGUGUACCUCAACUUGGUGCUGGACUAUGUUCCUGAAACAGUAUACAGAGUUGCCAGACAUUAUAGUCGGGCCAAACAGACACUCCCUAUGAUUUAUGUCAAGUUGUAUAUGUAUCAGCUGUUCCGGAGUUUAGCCUAUAUCCAUUCCUUUGGAAUCUGCCACCGGGAUAUAAAACCACAGAACCUCUUACUGGACCCUGAUACUGCUGUUCUAAAACUCUGCGACUUUGGAAGUGCAAAACAGCUGGUUCGUGGAGAACCCAAUGUGUCAUACAUCUGCUCUCGGUACUACAGGGCACCAGAGUUGAUCUUUGGAGCCACCGAUUAUACCUCCAGUAUAGAUGUGUGGUCAGCAGGCUGUGUAUUGGCUGAACUGUUACUAGGACAACCAAUCUUUCCAGGUGACAGUGGAGUGGAUCAGUUGGUGGAAAUAAUCAAGGUUCUGGGAACGCCUACAAGGGAGCAAAUUAGAGAAAUGAAUCCAAACUAUACUGAAUUCAAAUUUCCUCAGAUUAAGGCACAUCCAUGGACUAAGGACUCGUCAGGAACAGGACAUUUCACCUCAGGAGUACGGGUCUUCCGGCCCCGCACUCCCCCCGAAGCAAUUGCGCUAUGUAGCCGCCUGCUGGAGUAUACCCCCACUGCCCGCCUGACUCCCCUGGAGGCCUGCGCGCACUCUUUCUUUGAUGAACUACGGGACCCAAAUGUCAAGUUACCAAACGGGAGAGAUAAACCUGCACUCUUCAAUUUCACCACUCAAGAACUGUCAAGUAACCCAACUCUGGCUUCGAUCCUCAUCCCUGCUCAUGCCCGGAACCAAGCAGCUGCUUCAACCCCUACAAAUGCUACAGCAGCCUCAGAUGUUAACGCAGGAGAACGAGUUCAGACCAAUAGUGUAGCUACAGCAUCAGCCUCCAACUCCACCUGAACCAGUACCAAGUAGCCAGCUGCACAGGAAAAAUCACCAGUAAUUUGAGUCUUGCUCAGCAACACUGGUCACAUUUGGAAAGAAAAUUAAAAAGAGGAAAAAAAAAUCCAACAAAACAACAAACCAACCAACCUGUUCAUUUUAGUGUUCAAUUUUUUAUUAUUAUUAUUGUUGUUCUUAUUUAACCUUGUAAAAUAUCUAUAAAUACAAACCAGUUUCAUUGUAUUCUCACUGCAGGGUGUCCAGGGCAGGGGACUAGGGGGGAGGAGGGAAAGUGGAGCAAUAUAACACACCAAUGUCUCCCCUAGACAAUCUCUUCAUGUUGGAAGUUUGCUGUUGUGUAUUCAAAACCAGGACUCUUGCCUCAUACCCCCUUCCCACAACAGAAAGAAGGAAAAACCGAAACAAACAAAUCCGAAACCUCAUUCUCUGCUGAAGUUCCUUUUUUUUUUUCCUUACCCUCUUCUCUUAUUUUCUUUUUAAGUGAAGUUUCGGACUUUGAUGUAGUGCACAGCUUGAAUUUGGUUGGGAGCUUAGCAGGGGUCAUUCAACAGAGUUCAAUGUUUCUUGUCAGCAAAUCCAUAUCCCAGGUUAUCUGAAGAACUGCCCUGGUUUGGCAUGGGGAGUGAGCGAUGUGGUAGGAAAAUAGGUUGCCAUGGGUUGGGGGGGGAGGGUUUGCCAUGUGUCUAAGGCUUGAACUGCCAGUGGAAUCCUUUCAUUUUAAAAAUCAAUGCUAGUGAUGAGGAAAUCUGCAGCUUCAUGUGGGAAAAGUGUUGCCUGAGUGGGUGAUAUAUAAUAUAAUACACACACAUGCACAAAUAAGCAGCAGUCGGCUCUGCCGAGGCAUCCUCUGUGCCCAACCAGAGCUCCUGCUUUCUGUGUCUCAGGCCAGCUCCCAGCUUCAGCAGAGAAGAGCGGACAAACAAAAUCCUCAGCAGGGGGAGGGGCCCAGCUGGUGGAUGGAUGUUAAGGGACUUUUUGGGAAGUGUGAAACACUGUGAAAGUGUGUUUGGUUGGGUUUUUUCUCUCCCCACCCCUCCUUGGUUCUUGAUUUGAACAGGCUUCCCUUUCCUAAGGUUCAUACAGGAAAAGGACACCAGGGUUUAUAAUGUGAACUGUAACAGGCUACUGGUUUAUUUUGUAAUACUUUUUUUUUAACUGCAGUUUUAACUUGCAGGAUGUCACAUUCUCUGAUAGUUCUGAUUUUAAAUCCACAGCUAGAAUCUGUAUUUAAUUUUCAUAUUUUUUAACCGCUUGCUUUUUCUUUUUCUUUUUUUUCUUAUCUCUAUUUAUUGAUGAGUGUUGCCACAUUGCCAUUAUAUUUUUACAUUGGUAGAAUAUUAAAAUACACAUCUGAAUGCUCUUGACGGUAAUUUGUACCUGCUGACUUGUAGGAAAGCUGGCUCUUAUAUGAGUGUGUGUGUAUAUAUAUUAUAUAAAUAUAUACAUGUAUACAUAGAUACUGCUUUUUUUAUUUUGUCUGCGCUCUUGAAUCAGUCUGACUGAAGCGUGAGAUGAAUGCUUGUUCUAGUCCAUCAGUUCAGGGUCCAGGUUUCCUCCAUGCAACAACGUGUGGUGCAAGCAUCCACAUCUCUCUUCCUGAAGUCAAAGCAAUAUUCCUUGCGAAAGGUCAGGUGAACGGCCAGAUGCAGCCCCGGCAUGGAAAUGAGACUUUUGGAGACCUGAUCUUGUGGUAGGCUUGUGGUUGGUGUCCACUCCAGCCUUAUCCUUCUUCAGAGAAACUGUAGUUGCCUUUGGUGCUUACCAAGCUGUUCCUCGACCUGUGAAUCUCUAAGGCAAGCAGUUGCUUUUCAGGAACACGCAGAACCUUCAUGUGGCCCAGGGGGAGCCAGCAGUAGCGACUUUGGAAGCUCAGCUGCCGCAGGGGUGGCAGGGGCUUGGUCACAAGCUCAGUGUGUUUCUUCGUGUACCUUUUACACUGUCGGGAUCUUUUGGAAACUGUGUCUUAGCAGCUCUGGAACUGAUAAAAGCUCUGCCCUCUCCCUCUUGCCUGGCACACAGUGGGUUUUGGGACACAGGAACUCUUUGAAGAGGUGAAUGACCAUCUACCAUGAAACCGAUAAACCCUCACGUUAUACCCUUCAGUGAUUUGCUGUUGGGUACACAGACACACAAAAAAAAAAGGUUUUAAAGAUUUUUUGCAUUCUGGCUGACUGCAAAGGGAAGCAUCCAUGUUGAGAAACAGAAGGCUUUCCAAAUCCUUACCUGCAAUUUAAUAAGAAGGGCUGAAGAGCGUCUUAACAUACGCACUUGGCUAGUCAGUGUCCUGAAAGGUAAGUGAAGGAUCUAAAUCCAUGCAGGAGACCCUAAAAGUAGGACAGUGGCAGGGUAUGGAUCUACUGUAUAGGCAAGACUGCUGAAGCAUUGGCCACAGGCGCUGUUAUUUGGAGGCAGUAAAUUACUGAGUCUUCAAAAAAAAAAAAAGUAAUAAAAAUAUUGAAGAAAAAUUUCUGCUUGUGCCAGGACAUGUGGCUUUUAUUUUUCAUUUUUUUGUUAAAGACUGGCAGAGGGGAGUCAGAGCAUUUCUCUCUGGUUUUGUGACUGUGCCAGAGUCUGUGUGUGUCUCGUGUGUGUGUAUUAGGCAGGGGGGAGGGUCAGGAGUGCCCCUCUGAUUUUAUUUCUGUUUUCAAGCAUCAUAGCAGGAUCACACACUCUUUUAUACAAGUUAGAUCCAGGUCUUUAAACAACCUUUUUUUGUAAAUAAGAAAGAAAAAAAACAAACAAAAACAAAACAAACAAAAAAAACAACAACAAAAAACAAAGCUCCUCACCAAAUUCAAGCUUGUACAUUAUUAUUUUUGGUUGUUUUUGAAUUUUGAGUUUUAUUGUUUUGUAUGUAAAUAUGUGGACCCAGGAACUGUUAUUAAUGAGCAAAAAGUUACCGUUCAGGGCAGUGAUUCUGUUUAAUAAUCAGAAAAAAUGUAGACGAGCUUUUUAAAGCCAUAUAGUUUUAACUGUACAGUAGGUACCGGCCUGUAUUAUUGUAACAAUAACUCUAGCGAUGUAUAGUGUAUCUAUAUAGUUUGGAGUGCCUUCGCUUCCAUGAUUUUUUGAAUUUUAUUUCCCUUUUAUUUUUUUCUCCUCCUUUAUUAACAAUGUCUCCCACCCUAAACCCGCAUCUUUGCUUCCCCCUCCCCGCCCCCCUUUCUAAUUCUUUGAGUGCUGUAAGGUUUCGGUGAUACCCUGAUCAGUAGCGGAAUCUCCAGCGUCAUUUACUCCAUUAGAGCCGUGGCUUUGUUCUGGGGGUCUCCAAGGCGCCCACGCUGCCUUCCUUCUCCCGCUAGCAGCAGCUGAUUUCAUUCGGACCCUUGCUCUAGCAGCCCGUUCAGAUUUUGCUUGUCUCUCUCCCUCAACCCUGCACCCAGGAGUGUCUGGGCAGCAGCAGCUUCCGGGAGGCUUGGCCCUCCUACUCUCCCUGCGGCUGUGUCGGGGGCAGCAGCGAGCGGAAAAGGGCCCCCAGGGAGGGAAAACCCCAUAUCCCACAGGGCUGCUGCAUACGGAGCCAUCUGGCUGCGGUGGGAGCGGGGGCAUCACUAUAGGAGACUGUGGUGUUGUUCUCUGCCGGGAGGAUUUUCUGUUCCCAUUCUUCUCCCUGUUUUCCCCCCACAUCCUUCCGAGAAGUAAUUUUUGUUUUCUUGAGAUGAGUUUAACAUGACUCUUGAUUUCUUGUGCCCAGCACGAAGGCCUUGUUUCUAAAACUAGUUUGCUUGUGUUUUUACUACCUUGUUAGUAUUCCACAUAAGAUUGUCUUGAAUGGGAAAACACGUAACUUUACCAAACCAAAGGUUGCUGUUUUAUUUCGAAGCAUCUCGUGUUCAUUCCAGUGGAGCAGAGGCUGCACUUUCUUUCUGGUGACACGAAGGUCAGUGAUGCCAAGAUGUUGGCAACAGUCUGCUCAGAGCUGUCCCUCUCUUCUUUUACACUCUUUUGGGCUUCUUUUUUAACCCAGUGUGGUCUUGAUUUGUCUUUUACAUCAGCCCUGCCCUAGUGGGUCCCUGAGCCGGGCUGAAUCACAGUCUGUCUCCCCCAAUGGAUGCUCAAUCAAGACACUGGUGUUCUUUACUAUUAAACUAAUCUACCUUGCUAGGAAAAAAGAAAAAAAAUUACCUGCAAAAGAAAAUUGAUUUGUAGAAUACCCCUGAACACUGUCCCCUUAUUUCGAAGCCAAGCUUUACCUAAAAUAAUGGCAGGUGCCUGCAUCUUGCAACCUAAAAUUCCCCCCCUUGUUUUCAGUACUUGGAAAAGCAGAAGUCAAGCAGCCUGCCAGACUCAUACUCCUGUACUAGGAACCUCAGCCACCAUGAAGAAGAAGGAAAAGCCAAGGAGGAAAAGCACAGUAGGGUAUUCAGUCUGGGCUCUGCAUUCUGGAGACUGCCAGCAGGUUCUCCUGGGGCAGCAGCUGAUUUCCACGGGACUCUUGGCCCGCUCUGCUCAUGGCUGGCUUUGUUUUGCAACACUGCAAUAAUGGCAAAAUGACAGGAGAGGAAAACAGUACCUAAGAGGUUAGCUCGAGAAAAGUAGCUUCCUUGUGUUGGUCUUUCUCAAUUUAUUUUAUUAUAUAUAUAUAUAUAUAUAUAUAUAUAUAUAAUUUGCUUGCCUGUAAAAUUUGCGUUCAUUAAUGUGUUGCUGAUGGAUCACUUGGGCCUGUACACACCAAUUAGCGUGACCACUUCCAUCUUAAAAACAGAAAUCUAAAUAUAUAUAUAUAUUAAGGACUGUGGGUUGUAUACAAACUAUUGCAUACACUUGUGCAGAUCUGUCUUGAUUUAAAGGAAAAGCAAAACCUGUAUAACAUUAUUACUACUUGAAUGCCUCUGUGACUGAUUUUUUUUUUUUCAUUUUAAAUAUAACUUUUUUUGUGGAAAGUAUGCUUAAUGUUUUAUUAUUUCCCCCGCCCCAUUCCCCUUGUAAAUACGUUUUGUUCUGUGUGACUCGGUCUGGAAAUAGUUAACUGGUACUGUAAUUUGCAUUAAAUAAAAAAGUAGGUUAGCCUGGAAAUGAAAUUUAAAAAAUACCAAGUGUGUGGUCUUUAUUUCAAAAAAUUGUCCUACUCUUCCCUCCUCUCCCUUCUCUGACCCUCAUGCCUCUUUCCACUCUGCGAGAAUAGGUGGACGUGAAUUUUUGUAAUAAUAAAUAAAAACCUCAAGAAAUGA